AAAGAGGUGGGAUCGUUUGUCGCGAUGUGGGGCGGCGGUAAGCUGGGCUCCUCGGGGGGUUGGUUUUUAAGAGUGCUGGGGCCCGGAGGCCGUAAUACAAAAGCUGUACGUCAUCUAAUUUCCUCGGUGGUUUAUGUGAAGAACCAGCUCAGUUGGAUACUACAGAUUAAACCAGGGGUUUUCAAUGAAUACAGAACCAUGUGGUUCAAAUCCUACAGGACGACCUUUUCCUGUCUGAACAGAAUAAAGAGUUUCAGGUACCGUUGGGCGAGACUGUACAGUACUUCCCAAACCACUGUCGACAGCGGUGAGGUAAAAACCUUCUUGGCCCUGGCUCACAAAUGGUGGGAUGAGCAAGGAAUAUAUGCACCUCUUCAUUCCAUGAAUGACCUGAGGGUGCCAUUUAUUAGAGACAAUCUUCUGAAAACAAUUCCUAAUCACCAGCCAGGAAAACCUUUGUUUGGGAUGAAGAUUCUUGACGUUGGCUGUGGUGGUGGGCUGUUAACUGAACCUCUAGGGCGGCUUGGGGCUUCAGUUAUUGGAAUCGAUCCUGUGGAUGAGAACAUUAAAACAGCACAGUGCCAUAAAUCAUUUGAUCCCGUCCUGGAUAAGAGAAUAGAGUACAGAGUGUGUUCCCUGGAAGAGAUUGUGGAAGAGACUGCAGAAACAUUUGAUGCUGUGGUAGCUUCUGAAGUUGUAGAACAUGUGAUUGAUCUAGAAACAUUUUUACAGUGCUGCUGUCAAGUGUUAAAACCCAGUGGUUCUUUAUUCAUUACUACAAUCAACAAAACACAGCUUUCCUAUGCCUUGGGAAUUGUUUUUUCAGAGCAAAUUGCAGGUAUUGUACCAAAAGGUACUCAUACAUGGGAGAAGUUUGUUUCACCUGAAACACUAGAGAGCAUUCUGGAAUCAAAUGGUCUGUCAGUUCAAACAGUGGUAGGAAUGCUCUAUAACCCCUUCUCAGGUUACUGGCAUUGGAGUGAAAAUACCAGCCUUAACUAUGCAGCUCAUGCUGUGAAAUCCGGGGUCCAGGAACACCCAAUGUCUGCUGAGUUUGCUUUCAAGGGAGAAACAGAAGAGCUCCAAGCUAAUGCCUGCACCAAUCCAGCUGUGCAUGAAGAGCUGAAGAAAUGAAUUGUUUCUGAGGACUAUAGUAAUAUGGCUUAGAUAUCUGAUGUUUUCAAAUAUAAGAAAUAUGUAAUUUAUCCUUUGAGAGAGAAUCAUGAAGAAAAGAAGGUCAAUAAAAAGGGCUAAAACCUUGAUCAGAAGUUUUUGUUAUUUCAUCUAAUAGCUACUUUCAAGGGAUUCUAAGAAUAAAAAGUUUUGUCAAGAUA